ACCUCCCCCACCCCACCCCCACACGGCGAUGGAGGCCGCCGCCGACGACCUCCUCGCGGCCCUCUCCUCCCCGAGCUCCCGCGCCGGCCUCCACUCCCGCUUCGCCGCCUAUCUCCAGCCCUUCUCCCCCCACCUGCCCACCGCGAACCCUAACCCCAAGCCGCCGCCGAAGAGGGCGACCAAGCAGGCCAAGCAGCCGCCGCCGCCCCCCGACGCGGCCGCCGUCCGCCCCCUCGCGAAGCGGUUCCUGCGGUUCCUCUGCCGCGCGCUCCAGCUCCUCCCGCCGCUCCUCCGCCCGAACCCUAGCGCCGCGGGCGACGCGGGGGGCCUCGACGAGCUGCUCCAGAUCUACGGCCUCACCCUCGACUGCCUGGCGGCCAUCUCGACCUGCCUCGCCGGGAAGCCCUACAGCGUGCUGCUCCAUCGCGGCCGCUUCGUGUGCUGCCUCGAGUCGCGCGGCCACUACGCCCGCGCCGAGGCGGAGGCCGCUGCCACCCUCGACGCCCUCCGCUGCGCGCUCUCGCCGGCGGCGGCCGCAAAGCCUUGCCGCGGCGCUGCGAGUGUUGCUCCCCUCCUCCCCGAGCCUGCCACUGUAGGAGAGGCUGGCGCGGACCCUGAAGUCACCGCCCUUGCGGUUGAGCUCACCGUAUGCCUUGCUAACUGUGCCAGCAAGGGCAAGGUGAAGGAAGCUGCCUGCUACGAACGUGUUCGUAACCUCGUUCAGCAGCUCCGGCCAUGGCUCCGGAUCCCGUCCGAGGAGGCCGUCAGCAAGUACCUCACUCUGCUUGUGAAUGCAAUGAGCCGCUGUGCCAUUUUCCUGGCCGCCGAGUCUUCAUCUUUCGACGCUGACCUUGUCCGCGAGUUCUGCGUUGCGACCUUAGGGGAGUGUGAGAGGGCACGGAUGAUUGAACGCUUGCCCGUCGUUGCAUGCAAGAUCUGUUCUUCUGUAGAUUUGAGUUGUGGUGAGAGCACAUGGCUUUUGCUUGCCGUGUUUGAGUCUGUUUUACAUGUCAAGGCCUACUUACCUAAAGCUUUAAACGAGUUCCUGGAAUUUGUAGCAUAUUUUUCUCGGAGUUUUCUUUCAAAUAGGGAUGUAAGUGCUGGUGCUUCAAAACUACUUUAUGGACAAGGUGUUUUUUCUUCUGAGAUACCCCUGCCCAUCGCCUCAGUUCUUCAUCUUUAUGCUACUGGAUUACAAUUCAGUAGACAGCAAAUGGAAAGCGAAGAUCAGCCCUCUAUGUCAGUGGAUUUUGCCAAGAAUGAAAAGGGUCUACAAACUAUGAACAAUGCACUUGACACACUAGCACGGAUUUUCUGUGUCACUGAUGGCAAAUCUAGUAAACAUGAUAAUUUGUGUAAAUAUUCAAGUGCACUAACUGAUGCUGGGCAUCCCAAUAAGAAACACAGUUAUAGUUAUUCUCAGUCAGACGAGCAUAUUAAUUUUAUGGCAUAUUUGGAUUGUAUGGAGUUUAUUUGCAAGAUACUAUUGCAGCCUGCAAAUGCAGUUUGGGAGAGCUUCUUUGAAGAAAAAACGGUCCCCACUUCGGGGAAAGUGACAUUUGUCUUAAUGGCACUGGAUCAGUUUAUUGAUUCCAGCCUUUUUGCUUAUAGUUGUACCAAAAUGUCCGAAGAAGAGAAUGAGAGAUUGGAUGAACAACGUGGAACCUUACUGAGAGCCCUAGUUUCAGCAAUCAAAAUUUCCUUUGUGACCAAAGAGGCCAUCCAGAAGAGCUUGUCUUCUAUCAAUCGUGCCAUUUCAAGUACAUGGAUAAAGCUUGAGGAGCUCAAAUAUUUGAUCUCUUCAAUUUAUAACAUCGGCGCGAAACUUUACAACAUUGGACAUUUUGAAGAGGCACCGAAAGCAUUAGAACUAUGCUGCCAAGCAACAUUGGCACACAUCAGACUUUCUUACUGUAGACUAUCAGCAAGAACGGAAGGUCACAUCAUAAUUGAGGAUCUACCGAAGGAUACACUGAAGGAUAUCAUUACGGAUGCAUUUGCUAGGAUAGCAAAGAUGGUCGACACUCUCUACAGAUGUGGCUCAAAAGUGAUACGAGAUAUUGUUGUGAAGAGCUUGUCUGAAUUGCUGGCCCAUGGUGACACAUCAGAUUAUCACAAAAGCUAUUUGGUUCUGAUCAAGUUGUGGGUGAAGAUAACACUUAAGGAUUUUGCGAAUGACCAAAAUGUGGAUAGUGCUCCACUUCUAUAUCAUUCUCUUAUGGGCUACCCAUCUCCCUUGCCAAAGAAGUUGAUAGGCUCAAUCUUAGAGCAGGAAUUAUUAGCAUAUGUAGCAAUGGAAUCUCGUGCCACCAUGCUCUGUGGAAGUGCGCAAAAUAGAAUAAUAGAUAUUCUCUUGAAUGAACUUUAUUGUUCAAAAGAGUAUUAUCUGGAGAGAUCAAAGGUUUUGGUUAGAAAGGCGCGUGCACUCCGUGCAUCUGGGGUGCAAAACAUAAGCAGCUGUCUCGAGUCCUUGUCUGAAGCCAUAUCUUUACUGCGAGGCAUCUUACUGGAUUCAUCUCGCGGCAAUGCGAUUGUGAUGCAUGAAUUAGCUAUUGCAUACUGCUUACAUGCACAUUGUGUGCAGGAAGCCAAUCAUGGCGGCAAGGUAAUCUUCGAUAAUGUUAGGAGUGCCGUUGGCUUGUGGUCAAAGAUGGGUACUUCUCAUCAUUCUUCUCCUGGUGUGAUCUUUCAACAGCUAUCAGAAACUCUUGUACCACUUCUUUGUUCUCUCGUUGAUUUGUUGGCGAUGAAGGGUCAGUUUGAGCUUCCGUUUGAGCUGUGCAAGCUUAUCAUAACGACGUGGAAGCAAGAAAAUUUACCUGUAGAGAAGUUAUUCUCCAUGUUAUUUAUCAACCGGCGCCUUAAUCAUGCAUGCUGUCAUCUCCCAAUGGACCAGAAAUUUGUUUCUUAUGUGGCAGAACAUCUUGGUGUUGAUUGCCGCAAUACAUUAUUUUGGAGAAACUGUUUCAAAGGAGAUUAUCCUUCUCUUUCUAUGUUUCUUCAGCAGUUGGGGCCUGUUGAUUUCUUUUCUCAAUCGUGUGAAUAUUCCCUUGGAAAUCAGUUUGGUUUCAAUGCUAGUGUUGAUGGGAUUGAUAAAAUUGCAUCAUCUCUGGUUUCUGAAGUUCCUUCAGAUAAUCAAUCAAUCUAUCUGGCUGGCUGUCUGUAUUAUGAUUUGUCAGAAAGACUUCUGUCAAGAGGACAACUUCUCCAGGCCAUUUCAUAUGGAAGAGAAGCCCUCCAAUUGCGCAAAAAGCUCCUAAAAAAGAAGUUCAAAUUUAAUUUGGGCAAGUUUGUAAGCAAGGAAAGCGAAUGUUCUGGUGAGCAAGGCUUUGUUUCACUUGAAGCAUGGGGACCAACAAUGGCUGAAAUUUGGCCAGAUUGCACCACGCCAAGCAGCAUGAGAGAUUCUUUCCUUACCCCAUGGAAUGUACUUAAAUGUUGUCUUGAAAGCAUAUUACAGGUUGCUCUGAUGGAUGAGUUGAUUGGUGAUGGUGCUGAAGCAGAAGUUCUAUUACGGACAGGAAAGGAGAUAUCAUGUUUCCAAGGAUUGCCAAUAUUUGCUGUUGUUUUUACAGCAGCAUUAGGUCAGCUAUACUGCAAGAGACAGCUGUGGGAUGCUGCAGAGGGUGAGCUUAAACAUGCCAGGGAUCUCCUUAAAGAAAAUGGUGAAUUCAUUUCCUGCAAGACAUGCUGGUUGACUAUGGAGAUUUCAGUUGAUAUGCAAGCUGGGGAUAUGUUUUGGAAUCUUUUUGAGAAAGAUUUGCAAAAACAGUCAACAUGCAAUUUGUCUAGUGCUUUAGGCAUGUACCGAUCUGCCAUGGAGAAACUGAAUGACACCAGUUUCGAAUUUUCUGCUGUGUCCUGUGGUAAACUUAAUACUAGUUGCAUCUUGAGCAGCAAAGAUUGUAUUUCAGAAACCAAGCGUGGGGCUUGUAAUCAUGGGAAAGAACCCUUAGCAGCCAAGGAUGGAGUAUUACCUCCAUGUACUCCUUGUUUGUUGUUCAGUCAAGCACCUAUUGACCAGUACAAUGAAUCUGUGGGAUUAAAAUCUGAAAAGGAAAAUUUGAAGAAUGCCGAAAGUGCCCCACCAUUGGAUGUUAACGUUAAGAAGACAUCCAGAACUUCAUCACGUUUAGCCAAAGAACAGAAUGCUGUAGCUCAUGCAAAGACUAGAACCACCAGAUCAAGUAAGCGAACUGCACAUACGAAUGCUUUGGUCUGUGGGAAGCUAAACUGCUCUCUUGAUGGUGUUGAAUACAACAGAGAUGACAUAUGCAAUAUGUUUGGGUGUUGGAACUGUCUUCUUGUUAAUUCACUCAAUUCCGAGUCCAUUGAGAAUAUAUUGCAGUUCAGAAAAGACUGCAUCCGCCGACGCCAUUUUGUGUCACUUUUGUUAAAAACAGCAAGAGCCUUGGGAGCUCAGGGUGGAAAGAAUGAAGUUCAUGAAGUUCAUAGUAUUUAUUGGCAGUGUAUAUCAUUACUGUAUUUCAGAUCUCUUCCUCAAGGUUGUUAUAGAACCUAUGAGCCUCAUUUAAUUGGACUAAUCAUGAAUGAAAAUACCGGUGAUUUUCUUUCUUUAGAGCGUGCAGAAAUACUAUAUAGUAUGAGUUUCUUUUUGCUGAAGGGCAUCCUUUCAGAACAGUCAAGGGAUGGUUGCUGCACCUUCUGUAACGUACAAAUGGCUGAUGUCGUUUCUUGGUUGCUGAAAGCAUUUGUGUUAUCUCAAGAGAGUCCUUCACUUUUUCAGGAGGUUUGCAGGCUACUCACAUGCAUAUUCUUGCUCUCAACGAUAGAUUCCACGGUUCAAUUACCUUCGUAUUCCAAAGGAUCUCUCUCUUUGAAUCAUUGGGCUGCGUACUUUCACCAAGCUUCUGUUGGAACUUAUCUCAGUUGCCAUUACCUUGCAAGCUUACAGGCAUUGCUCAGAAAAGCAGACUCGAAGUGUUUUGUUGGAGAUUUCGCAAACAAGAUAGAUGGGAUUCCAAAGUUACCAAGAUUUUCAUCGGCAGACAUGGAACAUCUCGAAAAGCAUGUAUCAGAAUUCUUCAAUCAACUUCCUGACGUACCAAUUGUGUGCAUUAGUAUGCUUGGAGGUGAUUUUGUGAAUGUUCUUGGGGAAGCACUUCUUCUCCCUUCCCUGUUUCCUGCUUGGAUGUUGCUCUCAAGGUUUGAUUCAACAAACAAGCCUACCACAAUGCUUCUACCAGUGGAUUCUAUUUCGAAAGAAGCACAUAAUGAAGACUCGUCUAUCAAAGAACUGGAUAAUCCAACUAGAGCAUCAGAUAUGAAAUGGAAGUGCCCUUGGAGCUUCACUAUUACAGAUUAUGUGGCUCCAACUUUCAGAAAACUAUGUGAGGAUAACUUUAGAUCCCUCUCUCAUGUAACCGGCAUUCCAAAUGGAGUAAGGUGGUGGUCAGAUAGAAUGAAGCUCAACGACAACCUUAAUGAGAUACUGGAAAACAUGGAAAAUUUGUGGCUAGGACCCUGGAAAUGCCUUCUGCUGGGGCAGCAAUUAGCGGACCAACACAGUGAGACAGUGUUGGGAAAUCUAAUCACUGGUCUAGAAUCAGAAUUCAAACUUGAAGCAAAUCCAGCGCUCAUCAAGGUCAUCCUUGGUGGGGUUGCAUCAGUGGAUGAGCUGAAAGAAUGUGUUUCUCAACUUGUAUCAUAUAAAGGUUACUUUGGCAGGGGAGGAUGUUGUGGGAGAGAUAGAUUUAGAGCCUUCUCUUGCCAGAUUGAUGCUGAAGCUCUGGUGUCCCUUGGGCGUUUAUGCAAUGGUGUAGUGAAUGAGCUGCCCGAGCCAGUUGAGAGAAAUCCAGUCAUUUUAGUUCUGGAUACUGAUGUGCAGAUGCUUCCUUGGGAGAACUUGCCUGCGUUAAGGAAUCAUGAAAUAUACCGCAUGCCGUCAGUGAGAAGCAUCUUUCUAGCAUUGACUAGAAGCACUAAUCAUCAGAAAGAUGCCAGUGUCAUAGACCCUCCUUUUCCUAUUAUUGACCCCUUCAAUGCAUUCUAUCUGUUGAAUCCUAGUGGUGAUCUGAUCAGAACACAAGAGGAAUUUGAUCAGUUGUUUAGAAACUAUGAGUGGAAGGGAAAUUCUGGGGACGCUCCAACAGCUGAGGAGCUUGUCUUGGCCCUGAGGAAUCAUGAUCUUUUUAUUUAUUUUGGACAUGGAAGUGGUAGUCAGUAUGUCUCCGGAAAGGAGAUUGAGAAGUUAGAUAACUGUGCAGCUGCUCUCCUCAUGGGUUGCAGUAGUGGGGCACUUGAUUGCAAAGGAGCGUAUGCUCCUCGAGGGGCCCCUUUGUCUUAUUUAUCUGCUGGUUCUCCUGCCGUCAUUGCAAAUCUGUGGGACGUCACAGAUGGAGAUAUAGAUCGAUUCAGUAAAGCACUGCUCAGUUCAUGGCUGCAAGAAAAUGUCACAGCUGCCAAGAAUUGCUCUAAAUGUUGCCCGCUGACACAAGAAUUUGAGUCCAUGACCAUCGCCGUGAAGGACAAUGGUAGGUCAAGACGAAAAGGCUCACGAGGUAGGAAGCAACAACAGACAGCAGAGAUGGACGGCAGUAGUAGUUGCUGUAACUGCAGGCACAGGCGAAUAGCUUCACAUAUAAGUGAAGCUAGGCGUGCUUGCAGGCUUCCUCUUAUGAUUGGUGCAGCUCCCGUUUGUUAUGGCGUGCCAACCAUCAUCAGGAAGAAGUAACCGCCUGUACUCUAACUCGAGAUCAUCGAUGACCGCGUGCUGUAGUUCUGGGCUUUGAGCCAUUGAUGCGAGCCGCAUGGCACCGAGGGAAGCGGCAUGAUAGGCAUGCCAUUGCAGAAGCUCAGAUGUGCUGGUGACAUGUCUAUUUGUAUUUGUACUUGGCAGCAGAUGCAGAACUAACAAGAUAUGCUGAUUGGACAUUUUUAACCGGAGGACCGCCCUGAGAUUUCAUCAAUUCUGACGAGAUUCAGUGCUGUGCUUCCACAGGGUAUAUACAAGUAAAAUUAUGCCCUGGGAAGUCAGUAGCAUGUAGAGCAAAUGAACCUUGAUCUGUUGUUAUACAUGUGCUUCAAGAUGUAAUUCUGAGCACAGAUGUAAAUCUUAUGUUCCGAGACAUCAGUAAAAUGUAGAGGAAAUGAACCUGCCCCAAGGCAACUGGUAACUGUUGUUUGUAUUAUUUGUACACUACAGAUCUGAUUCUUUCUGUCACAUCAUAGUAAGCUGGUUUCAUUGUA